UUUUUUGUUCAAUCAGGCGGCUAAAAAACAAAAAGGAAAACUAAAAGUGAGAGCUGAGAUAAAACCAAGCAGACAGUAAAAAUAUUGCUCGGCCAGAGCAAAAGUGGCUAGGGCAACAAGCUGAAUGUUGCUGGCAGUGUUUAGAUCAAAUAUUUCAUUGGCGCUCGGCUAUCGCUCGGAAAAAAGUAAAAGUUUAAGUAAGCAUAAAAUAAAAUAAUAACAAAAUAGCAGCAACAGCUAUACAGCAAAUGGCGCAUUAUGCUGCUGGACAUGCUGCUGCAGCAAUAGUAACAUUAGCGGCAGCAACGCGAACCCAAACGCCAACGGUAGCAGCAACAUCGGCACUUAAAUGCAGCAACAAGAAAAAUCAGCUGAAAACUGGCAAAUAAAACUCAACGACAGGCAAAAACUAUUAAAUCUCGCUGGAUGCCUGCGGCAAUAGUUAUUGUUAAGCAACACAAGCAGGAGAAGCAGCAGCAGCAGCGGCAGCAACAUCGGCAGGAGGGGCAGCAGCAGCAGCAGCAGGAGCAGGAGCAACGGAAGGAGCAACAUUGGGGAAAACAAAUUUGCAAUAUAAAUUUAUGCGGAUUUUUGCGUCGCAGCGGCGCCGACGACGACGUCGACGCCGAUGUCCUAGCAACAGCAAUAACAAAUAUAACAGCAACAUCAUUGGCAGCAACAGCAACAUCAGCGGAAAAAGCAACAAGCCGGCGUACACUAACAACAAAAACUACAAAAAAAGCAACAACGACGGCGACGCGAACAGUUAUUAUAAUAAUGGCGUUAGUUGUUAGCAUAAUACAACAGCAACAACAACAGAUGCAACAAUCGCUACUCUGGCCAUUCUAUAACGGACUUUUGGUCGCGGCUGCUGCCAACAGACAACCGGAUGACUCCAGUGUUGGGCCAACCCUGUCGACAUUUUUGUCAUCAUCUGAAUCAGAAUCAGACUCACUAUCGCCACCGUCAUCGUCAUCGUCAUCGUCCUCGUCGUUGUCCUUUGCGGUGGCGAACGGACCACAAACGGAUGCCACGAAUCACACUUUCAAGAGUUUAGCCUUCCUGGACGCGUCCUUUGGCUCGGAUCUGUUUGCCCAUCAAGAAAAGGAGGGAAUAAGGGAGAUGGAAAGGAAGAGGGAGAGGGAGAGAGAAAAGGACACGGAAACGAACUCAGACACAAACGCGGACUCGGCGCAGUCGUUGCCAAUUUUUGACUUUGGCAUGCCGCGCAACAUCACCGGACGCACUGGCCACACGGAGGCCAUAAUUAAAUGCCGCGUGGACAGCCUCCAUGAUAAAUCGGUAUCCUGGAUACGGAAACGUGAUCUGCAUAUCCUGACCGUUGGAACGGCCACCUACACCACCGACAAGCGGUUCCAGGUAACUGAAUCGAAGGAUUCUAGGGAAUGGACUUUGCAUGUGAAAUCCCCACAAGCCAAGGAUACUGGAAUCUACGAAUGUCAAGUGAAUACGGAGCCCAAAAUGUCCAUGGCAUUUCAGUUGAACAUCAUCGAAAUCUCCCCCGAUGCCAAGGCUGUUAUCAGUGGGCCGCACGAUUUGCAUUUCAAGGCAGGCAGUGCGAUUAUCCUGAAUUGUGUGGUGCAACAGCCGUCGGUGAAGGAUAUUGGACCGAUUUACUGGUAUCGUGGUGAACACAUGAUCACCCCCUUUGAUGCGGACGACGGGCCGGAGCCGGUGUUACCCGCCAGGGGCAGGGACCGUUCGCCGGAUGUGCCCGAGGAUGUGUCGCCCAAUGACAUAAUGAGCGAGGUGGAUUUGCAGAAGGAGUUCGCCACACGCAUUGCCAUGGAAUCGCAGCUUGGAGAUACCCUCAAGUCCAGGCUCCGCAUCUCGAAUGCCCAGACCACGGACACCGGCAACUACACGUGUCAGCCAACGACGGCCAGCAGCGCCAGUGUCCUGGUUCAUGUGAUUAAUGACGAGAAUCCAGCUGCGAUGCAGAAAAGCGGGGCGUUUUCCCAGGAUCCGCGCCAGCUGGUACCGGCCCUACUGUCGCUGAUGCUACUGAUGCUCCUGACACCGCCAAUGCUGGAGGAGUUGCUGCUAUGAGCGGUAUUGACUGUUUAGCAACUGAAACUCGAAAGUUGUCACAGAAGCAGAAAAUUAUGUUCCAUGACUUUGGCAUUUUCUCGGUGCCCUCCUGCCCCGAUGAGAGAUGGUUUUCUGUGUUAGAAGAGCUCUGGAAAAAACUGUGGAAAAUAGAAGGCAAAUGUUAAAGGCAAACAUGCUCGCCGGCGAGGCAAGUCGAGGCGAGCAAGGCGAGUGUUUGUUUCCCUUUUUUAAUAUUUACAUUUCAUUGUGCAAAAUGAGACACUGAGCCGGGCAAUGCAAUGCCAAAUGUAAAAUGUAAAAUGCAAGAGCCGGAGGAAGGACACGAAAAAGGACACAGAAGCAGAAGGAUGACACUCUUUGUAAAUACCACAAGGAUGCGGCACAGCUACAUAUACAUAUAUACUAUAUAUACCAUUUGGAUACUUACGUAUAUAUACAUAUAAAACAGUGUGUAGUUUAUUUUAUUUCAUUAUUGUGGCUUCUGACAAAGGAGCCGCCCCACACGCAUCGACUUUAUAAACAUUUCAUGCUGUCUUAACAGAGAGCCAAGCUAACCAAAAAAAAAAAAAAAAAAAUUAAAAGGAAAAGUAAAUCAGAAUAAUAUAAAACGAAAUGAGAGCUGCACACUGACACACAUAAGUAUGCAAUCACACACACACAUCUUAAACAGCACAGGGAGAAAAUUAUGCAAUAAGUUAAAUAUUUUCGCCCCCUUAAUAUUCCUUGUCUUUUUUCUCUGUGCAAUCCACUACCAAAAAACCCAAAAAAUUGUAAUAUAUAUAUAACACACCCAAAAAGCUCUCAUCUGAUCAACUAAAAGCGGAAAAACCCAACUUAAUUAUAAAUACUAACUUGUAUGGAAUUUAUUUAUGGGCAAAAAUGAAAUUUAGUCACGCCGUGCUGGCAGAGCAUAUGGAAAAUUGAAUCGAAUCAAAUAAAAGCGAAAUGUGAGUUGCGAAAUGAAAUGAAAUCAAUUGCAUAUUCCAGCAUGCUCGACUAAGUUUUCACUGUUUUUGUCCAUGAAUUUGUGUAGCGAGGUAUUACUAUGGGUAGGCAUGAAUUUACUACACGUAAGCCAGUAAGAAGAUUUUAGAUAAUUUAUGUGAUGACAAAGCAAAAUGAAUAAAUCAAUGGAAAUGGAAUUCUUUCAAAUAAUAAAACCAAAAUCGAAACUAUGAA